GAAAGCUAGAUAAGGAAGUUAUGGAUUAGUUCGGUAUUUUGCCUUUGCCACACCACAGCAAAAUAAGUUUGUUCUUAAAUACGAAUCUGACAUGGAUUGUGAAAAUGGAGCUGAUACUUCGACCAGUAAAAGAAAACUCUGCAGACUGGUUGUUUUGAGCAUUGCACUUCUGUGUAUUCUUCAAGCUACACUCAACAUUUCACUGCGACUGGCUUUUUACAGCUCUGAUACAACAACAACACCAGAUUGUGAGGCCAUUAUUAAAAAGUUGACUAAAGAAGAAGACAUUAAAAUGAAUGAAUUAGCUUGCUAUAUCCAACAAGGAUGGAUAUACUUCAACCACAGUUUAUAUUACGUUUCAUCUACUAAAAACACCUGGAAUGACAGCAGAGAGGACUGUCUGCGGAGAGGGGCAGACCUGGUGAUUAUCAACAGCAGAGAGGAACAGAACUUCAUAAGAGAGUUUAAAAAACGGACAUGGAUUGGACUGACUGACGCAGAAAAAGAACAGACAUGGAAAUGGGUGGAUGGGACUACACUUACGAUCAGCUUCUGGGACAUCGGCGAGCCUAACAGUCUUUUUCGAGAUGAAGAUUGUGGAGAAAUCUAUUUCUAUGAAAGUGAAAACUCCUGGAAUGAU